AUGUCUUCAUCACAAAGCAAGCAACAACUCUUGAAAAAGUUGAAAGCAAAAGCUUUGACCCGAGCAGCUGAGGAGAGUGAAGAACAGGAUGAUCAUCGCCAUCUUGAGGAGCAAGAUGGUACAACCUUAUCAAAAACUCAACAAUUAUCGAAUAGAAACAACAACAAUAACCCAACCUCUUCUUCGGAAUUGAAACAAGCAAAUUCAUCAUCAUCGGCCAAGAAGAGAAAAUUAGAAGAACAGAAACAACAGAAAAAGAAGAACAAGGAUGAGGAAAAACAACAACCUCAACAGAAUAACGAAAGAACCGACUCGGAAUCUUCUUCAGCCACCACUAGUACUACCUCCACAACCACCACACAAGAAGAUUUCUAUUCCGAGUAUGGAUAUUCGCUUAAAGACACUUCUCCUCAACCACAGCAAACACAAGAUGGCCAAUCAGUAGCCACUUCUUCUUUCCUAACGAAUAUUUCCAUUUCCAAACUCAAACUUUGUGAGCCUUUGCAACAAGCCUUUGAUCAUGGAGAAGAAUCGGGAUUGAAUUUUCAACACCUAACACCCAUUCAGGCUCGUGCCAUUCCCAUUGCUUUGGCUGGAAAGGAUGUAUUGGCACAAGCAAAAACUGGAAGUGGAAAGACUUUGGCAUUCCUUUUACCUUGUUUGGAGUUGUUAUAUCGAUCUGAAUUUAAACCUAGAAAUGGAACGGGAGUAAUUGUAUUGAGUCCAACGAGAGAAUUGGCCAUACAGACCUAUGCGGUUUGUAAGUCCUUAAUGACCUUUAUGAAACAAACUCAUGCCUUGUUGAUUGGUGGACAAUCGAAACAUCAAGAGGCAGAAAAGUUGGUGAAGGGAGCAAAUAUUGUCAUUGCAACUCCUGGACGAUUGUUGGAUCACUUGUUGCAUACAAAGGGGUUCCUAGUUACGAAUUUGAUUACAUUGGUGUUGGAUGAAGCAGACCGAAUGUUGGAUGAUGGAUUUGAGGAAGAAUUGAAAGCAAUUGUCAAGUUAUUACCAUCUAAGGGAAGACAAACCUUGUUGUUUAGUGCUACACAAACGACAAAGGUUGCUGACAUUGCUCGAGUGAGUAUUAAGAGAGAUCCUGUUUUUGUUGGAAUUGAGGAUUUGAAUACAAGUACUAGCGUAACAAGCACUGAAGAAGGAGUGGACAAGGAAGAAUAUUCAACAGCACAAAAUUUAGAACAGGGUUAUGUCGUGGUUCCAGCAGCUGAAAAGUUUGUCUUGUUGUAUUCAUUUCUCAAAAAGACAUUGGCCACAACCACUGCCGGAAAGAAGGGAAAGAAAAUUAUUGUCUUUAUGAGUAGUUGUGCAGCUGUGAAAUACUUUUCAGAACUUUUGAACUAUAUCAAUGUAACUGUGACAGCUCUUCAUGGGAAAAUGAAGCAAAAUAAGCGAACACAGGCCUUUUUCAAUUUUUGCAAUGCAGAGAGUGGAAUUUUAUUGAGCACUGAUGUUGCAGCGAGAGGAUUGGACAUUCCAAAAGUCGACUGGAUUGUCCAAUACGAUCCACCCGAAGCUCCAAAGGAAUAUAUUCAUCGCGUGGGCCGUACGGCAAGAGCUGGCAAUGUAGGCCGUGCUCUCUUGCUGUUGUUGCCUUCAGAAACUGGAUUCUUAAAGUACUUGAGUGAGGCACAUAUUCCACUCAAUGAAUUAGAUUUCCCUCGAUCUAAAAUGUCAAAUAUUCAAGAUCAACUCGAAAAGAUUGUUUCCUCCAAUUAUUAUUUAUUCAAGAAUGCAGAAGAAGCAUUUAAGGGUUUCAUCAAGGCAUAUGCCUCUCAUCCAUUGAAGGAUAUUUUCUCAUUCCAAUUGUUGGAUGUGGCUGGUGUGACCAAGUCCUUUGGACUCAAGAACACUCCUUAUGUGGAUUUGAAACAGUUGGAGGUUGGAGCUGCCUCAGCAAUUGAACAAAAGAAGAAAUCAGAGACGAAAUGGAUUAAGAGUGCUGUUCAUCAAAAGAAGAAGGAAGAUAAGAAGAGAAAACUCGAAGAAUAA